AUGAGAUUAUCAGUUGCAGUUCUUACCACCAUGGCUAUCGCCUUGGUUGCCGCAGCACCAGUGGAUUCUGAAAGUCUCGCCCUUGCAACCCCGACUGCAGUUGCGGAAGUUCAAACUUUGCCAGAGGCAGGUUUAGAAGCCGAAAAGAGAGACGCUGAGGCUGAGGCUGAAGCUGAGGCCGAUGCCGAAGCUAAAUCGUUCAGAUGGACCAGAUAUGGCAGAUUCGAACCUUCCAAGAGAGACGCUGAGGCUGAUGCCGAAGCUGAUGCCGAAGCCAAGUCGUUCAGAUGGACCAGAUACGGCAGAUUCGAACCUUCCAAGAGAGACGCUGAGGCUGAAGCUGAGGCCGAUGCCGAAGCUAAAUCGUUCAGAUGGACCAGAUAUGGCAGAUUCGAACCUUCAAAGAGAGACGCUGAAGCUGAUGCCGAAGCUGAUGCCGAAGCCAAGUCGUUCAGAUGGACCAGAUACGGCAGAUUCGAACCUUCCAAGAGAGACGCUGAAGCUGAUGCCGAAGCUGAUGCCGAAGCCAAGUCGUUCAGAUGGACCAGAUACGGCAGAUUCGAACCCUCAAAGAGAGACGCUGAAGCUGAUGCCGAAGCUGAUGCCGAAGCCAAGUCGUUCAGAUGGACCAGAUACGGCAGAUUCGAACCUUCCAAGAGAGACGCUGAGGCUGAUGCCGAAGCUGAUGCCGAAGCCAAGUCGUUCAGAUGGACCAGAUAUGGCAGAUUCGAACCCUCAAAAAGAGACACCGGAGCUGAAGUUUCUGCAUAA